AUGGGAAAUCUCCAAACUCUGAUAAACUAUCAUGCUCCACUGAAUUAUUCAUAAGACCUAAGUGAUUAACUUAUAGAUUAAGGAAUGUUGCAACACCCAGGCUUGGGAUAAAUUCAACUGUGGAAAAUCAAAGAAAGUAAUUUGCCUCUCUUAUUUUCAUUUCAUGUGCAUGUAUUUGAAAAAGACUCCUCAAUUAUUGAUAUACAUAAUUUUCGAAGUUCUCUCAAACACCCUAAUUUGAUUGAGUAUUUCGCUUGUACGAGUUCAAAGGCACUUAACAUUGGUAAAGUCUAAUCUUAGCAAUUCUUUUUUGCCUACUACCCUGAAACCUUAAAGCAGUAUAUAUAAUCUAGAACUUUGACUGAGGUACAAAUUUGGAAUAUAAUUGAAUAAAUAGUAAAUUUAAUGGUAUAUUUGUAAAAUUUGAACAGAUAUCAUUCAAAUAUCAAUUCAGAAUCAAUUUUCAUAAAUGAUAAUUUGCAUAUCAAAAUGCUAGACAAAAUUGGAUAAAAACCAAAUAAAAUAGCUAUAAAAGAUGAUGUACGUGAUUUAGGAAUUGUUAUUAUAGAACUUUUAACUAAAAGAACGAAUUAAUUAAAUUUUAUUUAAUAAAUAAAAAAUUUACAUGGAAAAUUUACUUUAUAAUUAUUAUAAUUGGUUGCAAAAAUGAUAGAUGAAAACAUAGAUAAACGACCUGAUUUCAUUUAAAUCCAAAGGAUGAUUAACAAUAGAUUCAAAGAACCCAUAUUUUUCAAUAACCCGGAAAGAAAUGCAAAUCUUAAAAAAUUAACCGGAAGACUGUCAACCUAAGAGCCUUUAACUUAUAGGAUGGAUGAAAUGAAGAUAAAUUAAUUGCUCUCCCCUAUAAGAUCUUCAAGCAAAUUUUUGUUGCCUUUCAAAUCGAAUAUUCCUCCAAACAUAGUCGGAAACAAUCCUAGUUAAUAAAUGUAGUGCUAGGAUAUUAUACCUGAGAUUCCUCCAUAGAAUAAUAGCGAAUAAUCUCCUCCACGCAAAAUUUAUGGAAGCCGAAUUGAUUAAGGCUCUACUGCUGAAAAGUAAAAGAGCCCCAUAAAAUAAAUGAGCAAUGUUAAAAAUAUUCCCUAUACUAGUCAUUUUUAAAAUAUACCAAAUUGA